AUUAUUAUUAAUGGGCGUUCCCAUUAAUUUUUAUACACACCUAUCACUUGAAGAUGGCUGAAGUUAACAGCUUAGAGUUCUUGCUGACUGCAGCCGGUGAGCGUGCAUUGAGUGAACAUGAGCUCUCAGAGGUCAAGAGGAUACUCUAUGGUAACCCUGCCAAGGAACUAGAGAUUCCAGCGGAGGCGUCAGCUGUGGCUGAUGGGAAGGAUUUUGAGGUGAAAGUGUUUGGCAUUGGAGCAUCACCUGAGCAGACCAGACCACCACGCAGGGUCAAGGUUGCCGUGGUGCAGAAUGCAAUCGUUCUACCAACCACCGACCCUAUCAAGGAUCAGAUUGCCGCCCUCCACCAGCGAAUGCAGGACAUCACUCAUGCAGCCUACCUGUGUGGCACCAACGUUAUCUGUUACCAGGAGGCCUGGACUAUGCCUUUCUUUAUGUGUACUCGUGAGAAGUUGCCGUGGGGAGAGUUUGCUGAGUCAGCUGAAAAUGGACCUACCACUAAACUUGUUCAAGAGAUGGCCAAGAAGUACAACAUGGUGAUUGUGUCCCCUAUCCUAGAGAGGGACGAGACCCACGGAGGUACAGUAUGGAACACAGCCGUGGUGGUGUCCAACUCGGGCAAGGUGAUGGGCAAGACAAGGAAGAACCACAUUCCUCGUGUCGGAGAUUUCAAUGAGUCUACCUACUACUUGGAAGGUAACACAGGACACAAGGUCUUUCACACACAGUUUGGGCGCAUUGCAAUCAAUAUCUGCUAUGGUCGUCAUCAUCCCCUCAACUGGUGUGCCUAUGGACUCAACGGAGCGGAAAUAGUGUUUAACCCCUCUGCCACUGUUGGAGCACUCAGUGAGCCCAUGUGGCCGAUUGAGGCUCGCAACGCUGCCAUUGCCAAUACUUACUUUGUGGGAGCCAAUAACCGAGUGGGGACGGAAGUGUUUCCCAACGAGUUCACCUCUGGUGAUGGCAAGCCAGCUCACAAGGACUUUGGCCAUUUCUAUGGCUCCAGCUAUGUGGCUGCCCCUGACGGCAGUAGGACUCCAGGUCUGUCUAGAGUGAGAGACGGUGUGCUUAUCUGUGAAGUGGAUCUCAACCUCAUUCAGCAAAUUAAAGACAAGUGGUGUCUACAGAUGACCAUGAGGCCUGAGUUGUAUGCCCAAGCACUUGCUGACUACACCAAGCCAGACUUCAAGCCUCAGGCCGUGUACGAACCAACAGACUGAGAUAAUUAUUGACUUUGUGAUACUUAAACAAUUAGAUGCUUUGUGCAGUUUGUUUGUUGUGUGGGUGUCUCAAAUAGUUUGAGUGUUCCACAAAGACUGUUUGUUACUGCAUGCAUGUAUAUUAAUGUCCUUCACAUGUUUCAUUGUGUAAACUUGUGUCCACAUGUUCAACAGAUAAUUAUGAUUGAUGCCAAAUACGAAA